AUUUUUAUUUUAUUUUUAUAAAAAGUCUGCUUGUGAAUAUUCAAAAUUAAAAACUACACUUUUGGAACUAGGCCCAUAAUUUAUACAUCGAUAACAAAUCCACAACAAAAACUAUCGAUAUGUACUCAAUGCUACGAUGGCCACUACGACUGCUGACUCUGGGCAGAAGUCGCGAAAACAGCGCCUUGAGCAUAGCUAUACAACAGCCGAAGGGAACGUACAUCAAUAAAAUGGAUGGGAAACGUGCUUUGAUCGUCCUGGCACCAGGGGCCGAAGAAAUGGAGUUCACCAUUGCUGCGGAUGUGUUACGCCGCGCGGGCAUAAUUGUGACGGUAGCUGGACUGGAAGGCAGCGAACCAGUCAAAUGUUCGCGUGACGUGAUGAUUGUGCCGGAUAAGUCGUUGGAGGACGCUGUUACGGAACAGGUAUACGAUGUUAUUGUUUUACCCGGCGGUCUGGGUGGCUCCACCGCCAUGAGCAACUCGAAGGCAGUUGGCGAGCUGCUGCAAAAACAGGAAUCGGCAGGGCGCCUAAUCGCAGCUAUAUGCGCAGCUCCCACAGCGUUGGCCAAGCACGGCAUCGCCACUGGCAAAUCCCUGACUUCGUAUCCAGCUAUGAAGCCGCAGCUGGUUGAGAAAUACUGCUAUGUGGACGAUCAAAAUGUCGUCCAGGAUGGCAAUUUAAUAACCAGCCGUGGACCCGGCACAGCGUACGAAUUCGCCUUGAAAAUAUCUGAGCAACUCGCGGGUACGGCCAAAGCACAGGAGGUAGCCAAAGCCAUGCUGUUGAGCUACAAUUAAAUUAUUUAUAUGAUAUUAAAAUCCAAGACAAAAAAGUGAUAACUAAAUAAAGUUAAAAUAAAAACAA